AUGUGCUGACAAACCUACAACCCCAAAACCAUGUCCGAUAUCCAUCAUCCCUCAUUUCCCCUUCUAUUUUCCAUUUGAUUUCCUCUUCUUUUCCUUCAACCAAUUCCCUUUCUUUCCUUAUCUUCUUUUCCUUUAGCAUGUAAAAGCUUGAACCAAAGUGAAUCAAAUAAGUUCCUUUUUCUUGGCUUCUACAGCUUUUUCUCACUAUAUCCUUGAAACCCAAUUUUCUUUGUGCUGCUGGAGAGCAAAUUUUAAGCAGAAACAACCGACUCAGCGAUUUAUAAUCCUAUCCAUCACUGAGAACCGCUUUUCAUAGUUAUUCUUGCUGAUUUCCAGAGCCAAAUUCACUAGCAGCACCACCCAACUUUUAGAAACACUGGAAUUGCCGCUUUAUAAUAAUAUUCGGCAGGCUAAGCCUUGAGUGUAGCAUGACUGAUAGUCAAAAAACAAAAAUAGAGAAGCCCGUAAUAGUCCGAUUUACAUUUUUAUCUGUAAUAACCAUGGCUAUUUGGCAUAUUAUGAAAAUACAAUUUUUUCCUUUUUUAUUAUUCCAAAGAAAGAAGAGGAAGGAAAGCAAUUUGAAUACUUUUAGCAUGUCUUAAGCAUGAGUGAACAUGAAACAUUUGGAUAUAUAAUCUAUCUGUUUGAGAAGUUAAGGACUUCUGGAGUUUGUUGAACUUCCAUUGAUAUUUCGGGAAAUGAUAAAAUUUCGGAGACGGUGGUCUUAGCAUGCAAAAAUAUAACAACCUUCAAGUUCAUGAGUUCGCACAGUUUUUGUUUUUUAUGGAUAGCCUUGUUUCAGUCAGAGGGAAUCAAAAGCUUGAAGGAGAUAAUGCAGGAUGUGGAUUCUCUAUUUACUGUAGGAAGGGAGAAGAAUAAGAGUUUAGUAUGGAGGUCAUUGGUGAUCUGCCAAGAGAAUUGUUCCUCGAAAUCCUCUUACGGUUGCCAGUAGAAUCUUUGAUGCGGUGCAAGUGUGUUUGCAAAUACUGGUACGCUCUCAUUAGCAAUCCUAAAUUCAUUGAAUUGCACCUUAAGUACAACUGCAACAACAAUGUAUGCGUCCUUCUCAAGCGCUGCCUGCUGACAUGCUUAGGAGAGAGAGAAAACAUGUUAUCGUUGGUCUGCAGCAGUGGUUUUUCUUUCAUAAAUUUAGAUGUGGAUUUGUCUCUGUAUAAGAAGGAACCAUGCUUACAGCUUUUAGGUCAUUGUGAUGGAAUUAUUUGCCUAUCGAAUUACAGAGAUGAUAUAGUUCUAUGUAACCCUGCAACUAGGGAGACCAUGGUCCUCCCCGAAUCUUGUCUCCCUUGUUAUUCGUCAAUCUCAAACUUGAUCCCGCAAACCAGUGCCUUGGGAUUUGGUUAUGAUUCUAGAACUCAUCACUGCAAAGUUGUUAGGAUUAUUUCGUACUGGGAGGAGCGAAGUGGGAGUGGCUUACCACACCAUUCCAGGGUAGAAGUAUACUCUUUGGCAACUGGUUCUUGGAAAGAACUCAAUGUUAAGGUCCCUGCUCAUGUCUGGUAUUCUCCAUGUUUCGAGACAUACUUCAAUGGAGCGUUUCAUUGGUAUGCUAUUGAUGAUAACAGAAAUGAGGUCAUCCUUUCAUUCCACAUGGGAAAUGAAGAGUUCCAAGUAAUACCAAUGCCAAGUGCCCUCUCCUUGUAUGAUUAUUCAAUGUGCAGGAGCCUUUUUGUGUGGAAUGGACGCAUUGCUCUAGUAAUCUAUCCGAGAAAGGGGAUUGAAAAAUCGUUUCAGAUAUACGUGAUGAAGGAAUACGGAGUGAGGGAAUCUUGGACAAAGAUAUUGACAAUUGGACCUCUUACAAAAGUGGAAAUGCCUUUGGCUUUUUGGAAAAAUGAUGAGAUUCUCAUGGAAGGUUCUGACGGUCUGGUUGUUUCUUACAACCUUAAGACCCAAGAACUCAAGGAUCUUCCUAUUUAUGGGGUUCCGAAGUCAUUCGCAACUCUUGUAUACAUAAACAGCCUUGUUUCAGUCAAAGGAGGAAAUCGAGUGCUUGAUGGAGAUAAUACAGGUGAAAAUGUUUCAACUCCGGUUACAUUUUUCUUUUCUUCUUUGCAGAUAAUUAAAACAGACGACCUUCUUUUGAAAUCUCUUCUUUUGCUGCAUUUUCCCUGCCUAUUCAGAUAAUAGAGUAUAUUAGAUUAUUCCGGACCUUUUCUUCCUUCUCUAACAUGUUGCCAUCUUUGGGAUUAGUUUGGUUAAUUCUUUCAGUCAUAUGCAUAUAUAUAUAUAUAUAAACAUAUCCUAAUGGCAUUCAGGAUGGGUUCCCCAAAGAUGUAUGUAGUUAAUUACAAGGAGACCUGUAGUUUCUGGUGAAGGUAUUCUUUCAGCUAAUUUUCAUAUUAUGUUUUAAGAAUUUGUGGUAUAAUUGUGGCAUGCUAAACCUCCAUGGUGGUCCCUCCCUCUCUACUAGGAGUUAGAUUGUAUGUUGCCUUCUUUACUAAAAGAGAGAGAGAGUAAAUUAGUUUUUUUAUGUUAGUUCAAAGAGCAUACCGGUCCUUUUUGUUAAAAAAUUCAUCUAUUAGUACGGUUGGAACCUGGCAUUACUAAUAGAAUAACCAAACAGUGAUGUAUAGCUUAUCAUGUGUAUAUCAUUUUGGCAUACAAUGAUUAAUUUUUAACUUUAAAAAUGGAUGAAAUUUUUAAUAGGAUUAAUUUACUUUUUGAUUUAACGUACAAGGAUUAGUUUGUUAAUUUUUUGAGCAGAGAGAGCAAAAUGCAAUUAGAUUUUUAGUAAGGGGUUUUCAUGAUAUUUUCACCAUGUUCUGUUUACUAGUAACUGGUGCCGUAGAAGAUAUCAACUAAGUUUGUCAUUUGUCAUUCUAAUCCAAAACUUUGUGUGUUAGAUUUUGAUUGGUGAAACACCUGCCUCUGGACCUGCAUAACCUUCAUCAGUUUAAAAGAUGAUGAACACGGGGCGAUGAAGAUCAAUAAAUAAAUAAAACCAAAAAAGGAAAAGGAGAUAAAUUAUUAUCAAUAUAUAUAUGUGUAUAUAUUACAGGUAUUAUAUCAUAAAUUUACAAAAGGUUGCUAUUGUAAAUAUUGGUUUAUCAGAAGCUUUGUGCUUAUAAAUAAAGAUUUUAAGAUCAAUAAAGGGUGAUUUCUGGAAGUA